GGGUACUCAGAGACUGGAGGGCAUGGAGGUGUAACAGGCGAGAGAGAGAGAGAGAGAGAGAGAGAGAGAGGACACGUGAAAGAGGAGGAGAAGAAAGAUAGAGAAAGAGUAAUCCCUCCAUCCUUCUUCCACUCCAGAGCAGAGACACAAACAGCAUCACAGCAGCAUCCGUGUUUCUCUCUCGCUCUCUCUCUCUCCCUCUUUGUCUCUCUCUCUCUCUCUCUCUCUCUCUCUCUCAAUCAGUCCAGUAUUUGUGUUGAUCGCAGAGCUGCAGGCACUGAGGCGAUGGCCGAGGUGUUAGAUCUCCUCUCCACACCCCAUAACGUCCAAAUCAGUGAGGUGACCUGUGACUCGUUCCGCGUUGCCUGGGAGAUGACCCCGGAGGAUGCCGGACGUGUGACGCACUACUUCAUCGACCUCAGCCGCAAAGCCGGAGGAGAGAGGAACCGCUUCAAACACAAAGAUGUUCCCACUAAGCUGGUAGCUAAGGCGGUGCCGCUGCCGAUGGCCGUGAGAGGUCACUGGUUCCUGAGCCCUCGUACCGAGUACUGUGUGGCCGUACAGACGGCUAUCCGCCAGCCUGAUGGAGACUACCAGGUGUCUGAGUGGAGUCAGGUGGUGGAGUUUUGCACUGGGGAUUACGCUGUAGAUCAUCUGCAGCAGCUCCUGGAUAAAGCCCAGGGUGUAGCGGGACGGCUGCUGCGCUUCUCCGUGUUUUACCGCAACCAGCAGCCCGAAUACUUCCACUACGUCAGAACGGAAUGUGGAGGUUCAAUGCCCCCGUCUCUAAAAGACAACAGCGGCAGCCACGGCUCGCCCAUCAACGGAAAGCUCCGUGGCAUCUUCCUGAGCUGCAACACCGAGUUCGACACGGGUCUCCCUCCUAAAGACUCGCCCUACGGCCCCCUGCGCUUCCAGAUCUCCGCCGCGCUCCUCCUGAAGCCCGAGACGCACCUCUACUUCGCCGAUUUCUACUGCAUGUACACUGCAUAUCACUACGUCGUCUUGGUGCUGGCCCCUGUCGGCUCGGAGGGCGAUCGCUUCUGUGACGGGCGUCUCCCCCUGCUGGACCUCUCCUCCAAUCCUUUCCUGACGUACGUCCCCGGGGACGAACCGACGUUCUGUCAUGCCAGUGACGUCAUCCUGGAGGUUAUGUACACGGAGGCGCUGCCUUUAGAUCAAGGCACGGUGGCGCAGAUCAGAGGCCAUCACCAGCUCAUGAGCCUCUCCACGGCCAACGCCAAGAAGGACCCGAGCUGCAAGGUGUGUAACAUCAGUGUCGGACGCUGAGACACCGAGACCGAGACCGGACUGAAGUGGUGCAAUGUUUUUGACGCGACAGUCUGCAUCUAGAACUGCGCUAGAGCUUUAAAAAAAAAAAACAACAAAAAAAAACGUUCUUAGCAGUGU